UCUGGAUACAGCUCUCAUUAUUUCUCCAAUUUGAUAAAAUCUGGAAGAAUCAGGUGAAGCUCUUUGUACAGAUAUGUGUGAACUCAUCAAUUACAAAGGAAUUUUUUUCCCAACUUUAUCAACCACUUUGAAGGACCUCAAUUUUAUUGAGAAUGAGUUCCAGGUUCGGGAUGAUGAUAUAUUUAACAUUACUUAUCCUAAAUCAGGCACCACCUGGGUAACAGAUAUUGUAAGCCUCAUUCACACCAAUGGAGAUCCAACAUGGUCUAAAACUGUUCCAAACUGGGACAGAAUGCCUUGGCUAGAAUCUGCUUAUGUUAGUGACAGGCUGCAAAAUGAAAACAGCAGUCCAAGGCUUAUCACCAGCCAUUUACCUAAACAUCUGUUUUCCAAAUCUUUAUCUCAUUCUAAAGCUAAGGUUAUUUAUACAGUCAGGAAUCCAAAGGAUGUUGUAGUUUCACUCUAUUAUUUUUCCAAAAUGAGCGUAUUCUUCAAAGAGCCAGACAAUUUUAAUGAGAUUGUGGAAGAAUUCCUAACAGGAGAUUUGCCAUAUGGCUCUUGGUUUGACCAUAUCAAGGGAUGGAUGGAGUUGAUGGGAAAGGACAAUUUCCUCUUAAACACUUACGAAGAUCUUUACGAGGAUCUAAGAGGUAGUGUUAUAAGAAUUUCUAAAUUCCUUGGAAAAAAUUUCGAUGAUGCCAUUAUUGAUUCCAUUGUUGAACAUGCCACGUUUAAAAGCAUGAAGGAUAACAAAAUGUCCAACUUCACUCUUUUGCCUGGAACAUAUAUGGAUCAAGACAAGAGUCCAUUUAUGAGGAAAGGAGUCACGGGUGACUGGAAGAAUCAUUUUACUGUGGUCCAGAGUGAAUAUUUUGACAAAAUCUACAAGACCAAGAUGCAUAAUUAUCCAGUGAAAUUUCCAUGGGACAGAAUGUGAUUUAAACAUUCUGACAUAUCAAUUAAUUUUUUUGAAAAGUAAAAUGAAAUACAUAGUAAUAGUUAGAAAGAGUUGGAAUAAUUUUAAAACAGAAAUAAAUUAUAUGCAGGCUUGUGUUAUUAGUGAA